UUAUCCUAAACUGAAUUAUCACCACAGUCAAGGCUUUGUUGCAUUUUCCUGGUAGGAUGUCAUCUGAAAGUGCUGCGUCAUCCAAAGCUGUUCCGCCAUCUUUAGUAUCAAAGAACGAUCCUUUGAGGAUUGUUCUGCUGGGCAGGACCGGGACGGGCAGAAGCUCCUCUGGAAAUACUAUCCUGGGUAGAGCAGCCUUCUGGGUGGAGUUGUCCCCCUCCUCUGUAACCGCAAGGUGCAGGAGACAAACCGGGACAGCAGGCGGUCGGAGUGUCUCAGUCAUCGACACCCCGGGGUUCUUCCAUACAAACCUGUCCCCAGAGAACGUCGUGGCAGAGGUGGGUCAGAGCGUUCGUUUAUACUCUCCAGGACCCCAUGUGUUCCUGGUGACCCUGCGGCUCGGCAGGUUCACCCAGGAGGAGAGAGAGUCCUUGGAGUGGAUGAAGGUCAUGUUUGGGCCGGAAGUGUCCAGGUUUACCAUGGUCCUGUUCACCUGGGGGGACCAGCUGAGGGGCAAAAGUGUCGAAUCCUUCCUGGAAGACAGUCCAGAGCUGUCCCUGUUUGUCAGCAGUUGCCGUGGUUAUCACGUCUUUGAUAACAGCAACCAGGAAGAGAACUCAGCAGGAUCUGAGCAAGUCGUGCAACUUCUGGAGAAGAUUGACCAGAUUGUUUUAAACAACCAAGGUGGUUGGUACAGCAAUGAUAUGUAUAUGGAGGCUGAGAGCGCCAUAAGGGAGGCACGGGAGAGGCUGCAGGAGGAGAGGGGACAUCGACUUCAGCUGGAGACAGAAGGAGAGGAGGAGAAGGUAGCAGAUGGGGAGCGGAAGGAGGAAGAAGAUGCCAGGAGGAGAGCUGAGAGGCUUUUCUGGUGUGAGCUCCUGACCGCAGUGGGCAGAGGAGCCGCCGAGGGGGCGGGCAUCGUGACCAAGGACAAAAGCAAACCAGUCAAGAAGGGUAAAGUGGUAGAAAAGGCAAUGGGUCUGGCGGCGUCACCUCUAUCCAUCAAAUCAGCCGCAAAGGUGCUGGAAGGAGCCGUGAAAGAAGGGAGCAAGGUGCUGCAGAAACACAAAAAGAUGCUGCUGCACUGA